AUGCUAGGACGGCUUCUGCAUCUUGGCUCCGGUGGCCAGUCUACGGGUCCUACUCAGUCCAACAAUGGCUCUCGACCUAUCCUUUCCCUAGAAUCUGUCCAAGAAGACUCGCACACCCGCAAUCUACUUUUCCCUGACGCCCAGGAUCUCUACCAACAUCGCAAUGACCAAGUCUUUCCAUUCUUCACUGCUCCGGCAACAUCUUCCGCCUCUCCGGCCAAUGCUUUCGACUACAAUGAGGACCUCGAGCUCGAUGUCAAGGACGUUCGCGUCAUCAUCAUGCAAGAUGCUCUUGGUCCCACUAAUGCAUCUCUCCUCUUUGACAGCCACCCCCUUCCCGAGGCUGCUGCCUCUGCUGAGAGGCAUUCCACUGCUACCCAGGACAUGAAAAGGACGACGACAAACCCUCUUUCACCGCGCAAGGGGAGCCACAGCCAGACCUCCCGCCCAACUGUUGUUCAUACCGAUAGCUCUCAAUUUCGCCAGGGGGCGUUUGACCGUCGGGCCUCGGUACAUAGUCGUAGCCAUAGCUUCGGGGAAACGGAUGGGCAGCGAGCUGCGCGUGAGUAUCGAGAGGAGCUGGCUACCUUCUCUAGCUGCAUUUUUGGCAACUCAGAGCUCAUGGCUUACAAGGGCACCUCUACAAAGGUCCACGUCGUGCCAUCCGAGCCUCGCAUCCCAGACCAUGCGAGCUCCAUGUUCGGAGACGGCCGCAGCUCCAUUGGACGUGCCACCGGCCGCUCCAGCAAGCUGUCCCAAUCCUACUCGUCCCAGACAGUCUCUCCAACGCACCCGCCGCUUGCGACUGGCGCAUCUACUCCGCGCCAGAGUGAGCGAAAGAAGGUUCUCAUCACUCGACUCUUCCCAGUGACCCUCACUGCCGACGACUUAGAUGACAGCGCCACGCCUCCCAGCCGGUACUCAGAUGACAAUGGCAGCUUUCCAUUUCCGCCCACCGGCGAUGAGUCCGCGCUGAAGAAGAAGAAACCGCAGCCAAAGCAGCGGCGCACGCCAAUGUACGCCGUGGUCCUUGUCGUACAGCUGCCACCGUCACCGUCACGCAUAUCUUCGGCUGUGCCUCCUAAGCCUGUCUUUCGCGAGCCAGGAUCGUACAAUGACCAAGAUCUCUUCUCGUCGUCCUACAGUUCAACUCGUAUGUCUGGCUGGAACAUGUCCGGGUCGGGCCUUUACGGUGAGACUACCGACUCGUCCUUUUCCAUCGACGUCGAGGACCGCAUCGAUUCGCUUACGAAGCACUGGGACAUCAUCAUGCGCACCCUGACUCAUCUUCAGUCCGUUGCCUCCUUUAGGUUGCACACCAUGCUCAAGCAGACCGACAUGGCCUCCCCUGGACCAUAUUCAACCUCUUGGGCAACCAUGGGCUCUAGGAGGCCAUCUCUUUCCACUGAGAGGCGCCUGGACGGGGUCAAGCCGUCCAAGGGCACUACCAAACUCGUCUCUCUGAUGCCAAACUGUCUCUCGGAUGACGUGCAUAUUGCAUCCGAGGUCGGUCUCGCUAGGUCUAGAAUUGUCAUGGGUCUGAGCGCCUCCCGUGUUGUCACUGGACAAGGGCGCUGGGGAAUAUGGCGCGACGAAGCUAUCUGGACAUGCAAAUGGGCCGUCUCGCUUCACCAAGGCGUCUUCCUCCACACUUUGCUUACCGGAUUCUUGGCCACACACAUCGACUGGCUUCAAGCGCUCAGCUCUCCCGUGUAUAGGAGGCGAGCAAUGCUCCGAAGACAGAACCAGAAUGAAGAUGACCUGUCGCUGCCGGCGCGGACCAUCAUUGUGUCAGAGGACAAGAUGGCCGCACGGCGCAUCAUAUUCUUGCUUUCUGCUUUUCUGCCGGCGAACCAACACGUUCCCGGGCCCCGGGUGCAUCGGCCAAGCACCUCGGCUUCGGUUGGUGCCUUUUCAAACUCCCCUCCCUCUUAUGUUGUGCCUGUCGUCCGCGAGGAGUCUCUUCGCCGAAAGAUCAACCGUCGAACCGGGUUUGGACGUGUGUCUCACUCCAGGACAGCAAGCCAGAGCACCAGGAGCGGCACGGUCUCGUCUCAAACAGGACACUUGAGUGCUGCGGACCAAGCGAGCCACCACAGGCGCGCUUCCGACGCUGCUUCCAUUCGCACCGGGCUCCCUAUCCCAGGCCACGACCUGGUGAGCCGGAAGAGCAGUGUUGCCACUUCCACCGUUAUGCAAGACUCGACGAUUCCGCAUUUUUCGACUAUUCAACGGGCCGAUAGCCUUAGGUGGCGACGACCGGGAAGCAGCGGCAGCGCAGCUGCAGAUGACCUCAAGCGAUCCCUUAAAAGCAGCACAGCCGCAAAUGCGCGGCCCCCAAGCCAAGGACUGCGAUGGGGCAACCUGAUGAGCGGGCUGUGGAGCGCACGUCGCCGUGAGUCAAUGGACAGCGGCAGCACGUAUAGCCAAGCCAGCGAUCUACGGUCACCAAUCAAGACGGGCUUCUCUCAAUCAAACAAGCUUCCCGACAUGGCUCAGCUGUCCCUUGCCGAGGAAGGGCCUGAUAGACGACUGGGAAACCUACGCCGGGCAAGUAAUGCUAGGGAUGUCGACGUCACGCGGGAAACUGCCGAGCGCGGCCGCAAGUCCUUCACCCAGAGUGAUAGGACACCCGAUCCUACCGGUGCCUUUGAGUCUCCCGUCAAGACUUCGAUCAACGCGGACGAUGGCGUCAUUGAUGUCGAUGUUCCAUUCCCAGACUACAUUGCCUCGUUUGAAUCAGCCAUAAGCUCGCCCUCUAGCAGCGGAUACCUUUCGACGCCCGGAUUGCCCGGCCUUGACUCUUUUGAACAGAGUGGACGCAUCUCGAUCGACGGUGACCUGCCUCUCAAUGCAGCCGGCUGGUUAAACCGUUUCCAUCCUGAUUUCGUCUUGCAGGGUCUUCCUCCUCAAGAAGACCUUCUCGACAAGGUCAAGGCUGCGCUUCAGGCUGAGCCUACCCCGGUAGUCGUCCAAUCUGACAGCAACGACGUUUCUGAGCGUUGGGUUGAUGUUAGCUCGGCUCUCGUCGCCAACACCACUACAGACUCGAUUCUCCGCAUUACUUACCGCCGGUUGGUCAAGCCAAGGCUGGCUGUAGAAAAGCCCGUGGUUGGAGGUGUUGCCAUCACUCCAUCAGUUUUGCCUCAUGAAACGACGCUGGAUGAGGAGUGGAUUGAGGAAACAGUAUCCGUACCCGAUGAGAAUUUGGCGGAUGCCUUGGAAAAGGUCAUUCACCUCAUUGCAGACUCCAGUAAGGAGCAUUCUUCUGCCUCUUCCCAGGUCCACGUUGAUAUCCUCGGCCCUAUCGACAGUGGCGGCAGCACCAUGCCGGAUACGCUCUCGGAGAUGACACAGAUACCAGAGCCUCCUCUCCAGAUACCACGGAGACAGUGCAAGACGGUGGUGCUGUCUGCCUUGGAAGACACCAUCCGAGACGUUAUCGACAACGACGAUGGCAACGGUUUUGGACGCAAGCAACAGGGCCAAGCUAGCGAGAGCGUUCUACGUGACGCAGUCAGGCAGUGGGCAAGCACUCUUGACUCUAGCGAAUAAGCCCCGAGGGCCACACGUUCCCUCUUGUAUCAUCUUUUUUUACUCUUUCUUUUCUUGUCUUCUACAACACUUCCUCUGACGUUUCUUUUAUUAAUGACGUUAUGAACUUUUGGUUUCUACGAUACGGGACGAUCAACCAAACGAAGCUUGUACCACCACCUACUCCCUAAUACUCCAGUUCCUACUCACAACAUACCUUAUGAUACCCCCAACGGCGCAAAGAAAUAUAACGCGCCUUAUCUUUGAUUUAUACAGAUUGGUUUGGAAGCCAAUAUACGAUGCUUGACUUCCGUUGCUAUGCAGCUACGCUUCAUCUCGCUGCUGCAGCUUCUCUCUCUUUCUCCAUCUCUCUCACACUCUCUCUUUGUUUUGGCCUAGCGUUUUAUUUGGCUCUGAUUACUUUUUUUUUCGCGUUUACUUUUGAGCGAGGCGUUGGAUGGACAUGACAGGAAUACGGGCUAUGAAUGCUACGUUGAACUUUAGCCACACAAGAGCUCUCUUUGCUGAGAUUUGGAUAGAGUACGCUUUUUUAUUAAUUUGAGAGAUGCAAACU